CAAUGUCAUUCUGUUUUCAAUGAUUAAUCGUGUUGUUUUUUUGCGAGCUGCAGGGCAGUGCAUAGAAAAUUGUUUUAGUUUUAUAUUGUAAUAUACAAAGGUUUAUAAUUUAAGUAAUAUUCACUUAUGGAGGUGUUCAAUAAACUGUACACUUCGGUGACGCAAACCGUUUCCCAAUUGUCGUCGGUUCUGCCGGGAAAUCCCGUCACAAGAGAAUACGACAUCACUGGUCAUAUUGCUAGUGCUGGAAGAGGUUGCAUGUGGAAGAUCUACUCUGGCACCAAGAAAUCCACCGGACAAGAAGCAUCAAUCUUCCUGCUGGAGAAAAGACAGUUUGACCGAUAUUCCAAGGAAGACCGAGAGGAGAUAUUCGAAAUAGCCCGAAGGGGAGUGACACAGAUUACGAAAAUCCGCCACCCGCAGGUGCUCACGGUGCAGCAUCCCCUGGAGGAGAGUCGAGAAAGCUUUGCAUUUGCCACGGAGCCGGUGUAUGCGAGUUUGGCCAAUGUCCUCGGCGACACAACCAACAUUCCCUCGCAGGUCAUCUCCGAACUCGGAAACUACAGCCUGUACGAAACGGAAAUCAAGUACGGCCUGUUGCAGCUUAUCGAAGGGAUUCAAUUUAUCCACAAUGAAACCAAGCUGGUCCACCGGAACAUCAGUCCUCACAGUGUUGUGCUGAAUUCACACGGGAUAUGGAAAAUAUUUGGCUUCGACUACUGUGUAAGCAGCGAAAAUGCCAACCGUUACGAUUAUAAUCCCAACCAGAACAUUUUGGCCAUACCUAGCUUGGAGUACACCGCUCCGGAAUGUGCCCUGGAGAAUGGGUACUCGUCACGGGCCGACUAUUAUGCACUAGGAGUGCUCAUAGGUGCAAUAUAUGCGAAGAAGUGCAAUCCGUUCAAGACGUUCGGCCGGGACUACACUGCAUUUAAGAAAAACGCCCAAGAGCUGCGUGCCGGAAAGUGUCCAAAUCUGAUAAACGUUCCACAGGCCGUUCGAAGUCAUGUGGAAAAACUGUUGACUGCCAGCCCCGAGAGGAGACCAGAUUUGGUACAACUCAGCAAGGUUCCCUAUUUCGACGACAUUGGGGUGAAAAGUCUCAGUUAUUUGGACACUCUGUUCCAAAGGGACAAUCAGGAUAAAGCCAAGUUCUACAAGGGUUUGUCACAGAUUAUUAAAAUGCUACCAGCUCGCAUCAACCUGCAUCGAAUACUUCAGUGUCUGGUGAAAGAAUUUGUGCAUCCUACCAUGAUACCGUUCGUUUUGCCCAAUGUCCUAUUGAUAGCCGAGAGCUGCAGCAAGGCAGAGUAUGAGAAACACAUCUUUCCUCACAUCAAAUCCAUCAUGAGCCUUCAAGAUCCGGUUCAAAUACUGCUUAUCUUCAUGCAAAACAUGGAACUGCUUUUGAAACUAACGUCUACCAACGAUGUGAAGCUCUACGUGCUCCCAAUGGUGUACAAAGCGCUUGAAUCAAACUCCACCCAGGUGCAGGAGCUUUGCUUGGCCGUGCUCCCGUCAUUUGCAAAUUUAAUAGAUUACCCAUCCAUGAAAAACUCGCUUCUGCCACGUAUCAAACAUCUUUGCGCGAAGAGCGCCGUAUCUUCGGUUCGUGUGAAUUGUCUCUUAUGCGUGGGACAACUGCUUCCUCAACUGGACAAAUGGCUGGUCUUGGACGAUAUACUGAUGUUCCUUCCUACUGUUACACCACGCGAACCGGCAGUCAUUAUGGCAAUCAUCGGUAUCUACAAAGUUGCGGCAAAUAAUGAAAUGCUCGGAAUCCCAAAGGAAUUUGCCGCCAAUAAAGUACUUCCCUUCCUGUGGCCGUUAUCAAUUGAAAACGGCCUAACGUUACAACAGUAUCACGUUAUUACGGCGUUCAUAAGCGAGUUGUCGCAAAAAGUUCAAUCAGAGCAUACCAGAAAGCUGGAACAAUUGAACACGGGUGCUACCGACAGUAAUCCAUUGCAGUACGACAUUUUGGCCCCAUCAAAGACCGAUAAUGGAAACUCUGAUGACCAGCAAAUUGGAAUAGCGACCAAGGACUUUGUCGAUAAAGCGAAAAUUGAAAAGCCAGCGACAUCCCGACCGUUAACUCUUGGCGAAAUGAAACCUAUGGAGAACAGCGUCCCCAAAUUAAGCGCUCCGAUGAACUCCACAUUUUCGCUAUCCACGCAGCCGACCUCGUUUGUGCCGCCCCAAUCGUCUUUCCAGCCCAUACCGAUGUGGCAGCAGCCACAACGACCUGCGGUUCCACAGUACAAUCCCGUCGGGGCCAACUACAAUGGCAAUCCCCCUAUGGACCAGUUUCAAGCUCUUCUGCCGUCUACGACUAGCAGUAACCUUCUGAAUAACCAUAGUCAACUAAAACUCCACUGCUCCAGCCUAUGAACAGUUUACGAAGCAGCACCACUGUCGCUAGUCAAGGCAGUAACAUAUUGACGAAAGAAGAUAUUUUAGAAUUUUUAAAGUAAUUGACAGAUAAUUGGUGUAGUUUCAUCACAGAAAAAAAAAAUAUUUAAACCGUGGAGAGUAUCUGUACUUAGUGUCAUGUUAGCUUUUCGUAACAAGGAUCUUAGUAUUUGAAGAUCGUGUGUCAGCUGUAUGAUUUUUAGCAGCUUCAUUUGAUAAAUUGUGAGGAUUGUUCUCAAUUCCAAAUAUACAUGAACGUUUCUUUGCAAUCAUGGCAUAUAACAAGGCAUUUUUUCAAAACUAUCUUCUAGUACUGAAUAUCUACAUUCCUGGAAAGCUAACACUAUGAAACUUGUUAUUAGAAAAUGGUUUCUAUUGUUAAUCAUAUAUAACUUAUUCGUCACUGUAUUGUAUAACACAUGUCCAAUAAAGUAUACUGUGCAUUAAAAAUUA